AGUAUGUGUGUGCCUUUACACAUAAUGCAUGAGUUCUUUAUUCUAUAUACUUCGCGUGGGGCAUAAUGCCUUCGCCUACACACAUAUGUCAUAUAUUUCAAUAAGUUCGCUUUUGACUGCUAAAUGCAACUCUGUAAUUCAGUAAAGCCAACUUCAAAUGUUUGAUAUCAAGCGGUUGAAAAUCAAAUUUUUUUUGAAGUCCGGAGAAACAAACGAAUGUUAUUUGGUGUACAUUUUAAUUUAUGUUCAUAAAUGAAAUUGGUUAUAUGGUUGUCGCGGAUUUCAUAAAUUUUAAGAUAAAUUAAAAUUCUAAAGAGAAAUAAAUAAUGACAUCAUUACAAAAGAACAUAAAAGUUGUUGUCAGAGUUCGGCCAUACAAUCGCAAAGAACUGGAACAAAAUCAAAGAUGCGUCAUAAAAGUUUUGGAUGAAGGUUGUCUACUUUUCGAUCCCGACGAAGAAGACGAAGACUUUUUUUAUCAAGGCGCCAAACAAAGUUAUCGGGAUAUCACGAAGCGUAUUAAUAAGAAACUUAGUAUGGAUUUUGAUAGAGUGUACGACACUUGUGCAACCAAUAUAAAUAUAUUUGAGGAGUGUACAGCGCCUUUAGUAGAUACUGUUUUGAAUGGGUACAAUUGUUCUGUAUUUGUAUACGGAGCUACUGGGGCAGGCAAAACAUUUACUAUGUUAGGAAAUGAGUCAAUCCCUGGACUUACGUAUCUGACAAUGCGUGAUCUUUUUAAUAAGAUACAACUUCAAAACGAACAACGUAAAUUUGAUGUCGGUGUUAGUUAUUUAGAAGUGUACAAUGAACAAGUUAUGAAUUUAUUAAAUAAAUCCGGUCCUAUGAAAUUGCGAGAGGACUCAAACGGAGUUGUUGUGAGUGGUCUCAUACUGAGACCUAUAUAUAGUGCUGAAGAACUAUUACGACUGUUGGCACAAGGAAAUUCCAAUCGAACACAACAUCCAACAGAUGCAAAUGCUGAAAGUUCACGAUCUCAUGCAAUAUUUCAGGUGCAUAUACGUAUGACUGACCGCAAAACUGGCACAAAACGUACAGUUAAAUUAUCAAUGAUAGAUUUAGCUGGAAGCGAGAGAGCUGCUAGUACAAAAGGAAUUGGUGUGCGCUUUAAGGAAGGUGCAAGUAUUAAUAAAAGUUUAUUGGCACUGGGUAAUUGUAUAAAUAAGUUAGCUGAUGGUCUCAAGCAUAUACCAUAUCGCGAUUCUAAUUUAACACGUAUAUUGAAAGAUUCCUUAGGAGGUAACUGUCAAACUUUGAUGGUUGCAAAUGUCUCUAUGAGUUCGUUAACAUACGAAGAUACUUACAAUACUUUAAAGUAUGCAAGUCGGGCUAAAAAGAUACGAACAACAUUGAAACAAAAUGUUCUUGUAUCGAAUAUGCCGAAGGACUAUUAUAUUAAAAAGGUAACAGAAUUAUUAGCUGAAAAUGAAAAGCUUAAGGAGAUAAAUAAAGUAUACGAGACGAAUACGGCUUUAACACAAGAAUCUGCAGAGAAACAAUCUACAUGCGAUGAAAGCAAACUUGAAUUAUGGUACCGGAAAAUAUGUAAUGUUUGCUUACCGGUUGUAACAGCACAAGAUAAUGUGCUUGAAUUACAAAGUCGUAUGAAAACCUUAGAGUUCAAAAUGAAGAUAAAAACUGACUCCGAUAAAGCAAAUAGGAACUUGAAAUUACAUAAAUCUGUAUCGGAAGAUGACGUUUCUCUGGAUUCAGCAUUUAUAAUGCAAUAUGAGAAGAAAAAAGAAAUUCUAACGUCAGAAUUGAAGCGCUGGCGCGAUAAAUGGUACUUGGCUGUCAGAGAGUUAAACAGAACAAAAAAAGAAUUAAAAAACACAGGUUACGAUUUUCCUUCACGUUUAAUGCUACAAGAACAAAACCUAGUGAUUGAAAAUUCUAAACUCAAAAACCACACGGAUCACUACAAACGUCUUAAUAUAGAAUUUUUUUCUGACACAAAUCAACGCAAUAAUAUUAUAAUGACAUGUUUUACAUUCAUACAAGAUAUGUACAAUGAUUUGUCUGCGAAUAAUGAUAUCAAUCCUAACAGGGAACAAAGCUUCCAACGUUUUAAUCAAAUUAUUAAAUCUAAGAGUACAUCUUUUCUAGACGAUAAAAAUUGGAAUGCAAUGAAGAGUAUUCGAAAUAAUGAGAACAAACAUGCUUUGCCUGCUGAUGACGAUUCUCCCGGAUCCAGUACGUCAAAGCGACCACGACAAAUAUUUGAUAAUUUUGACAUCAAUUUCAAUGAACUCGAAGAAAAAAUGGAAACUUCAGACGAUGACGACAUGUACAGUUCAAAUAAAGUAUUUAAGACACCUUUGGCAGUUUCACAAAAUCCGAAUGAAACGCGUAUUAUAAAAAAAUCAGUUGAAGAAGAACAAGAUGGAACUCAAAUUAUAACAAAUACGGUAACCUCCAAGGUAAAACCUUUAUUCCAAACUUUAAAACCCGCAGUAACAGCGAAAAAGAAUUUGGUAACUAAUAUAUUAUCAGAAAAAAUAGUUCAAGUUCCACAAAAUAAAGAGCACGUAAAAAAUGUUCUUCUAAAAUCGAAAAAUUUUAAUCAAGGGCUUCUCAAGACUGCCAUAGGUGGUACUCUAAAAGAAAAUAAAAAAUAUAGUCCAUCCCGUGUCCGAAAGAGUCCACGAACUAUUGUAUCGAAAGUUGCCAAUACUGCGAAUUUUGCUAAACGACAACCACCACGAAAUGUCCCUGGAAUGGCGGAACCCAAUGUAAGAAUUAAUCGCGCCGCCUCAUUUCGCGUUAAAAAGCACUAAAACGUAUGGUGUUCUCAACACAUUAAACUAAAAUUUUAAGUUUUUUUAUUUUUCUCACUUUUACUAAAUUCUAAAUGUAUAUUUGAUUUUAAAGUUUUUUUUUCUUUUUUUUU